AUGUUGCACCUUGUUGGUCUCGGUCUCGCCGAUGAGACAGAUAUCACCGUCCGCGGUCUGGAGAUUGUGAAGCGGGCCGAGAGAGUCUAUCUUGAGGCAUACACAGCUAUUCUCCUGGUGGACAAGGCUAAACUUGAAGAGUUCUAUGGCCGCCCUGUCAUUGAAGCGGAUCGUGAAUUGGUCGAGACUGGCAGUGAUGAUAUUCUUGCCGGUGCUGACAAGUCCGACAUUGUCUUCCUCGUCGUUGGCGAUCCAUUUGGCGCAACCACCCACACCGACCUCGUCCUCCGCGCCCGCGAACUUGGAAUCCAAUCGAAUGUUGUCCCCAACGCCUCUAUCAUGUCCGGUAUCGGCUGCACCGGUCUCCAGCUGUACAACUUCGGCCAAACAGUGAGCAUGGUCUUCUUCAUGGACAACUGGAAGCCUUCCUCCUACUACGACCGAGUGCGCGAGAAUGUGCAGAUCGGCUUGCACACUCUUGUGCUGCUUGAUAUCAAGGUCAAGGAACAAUCGAUUGAGAACAUGGCUCGCGGUCGCCGCAUCUACGAGCCCCCACGCUACAUGACUGUUGCUCAGUGCGCGCAACAGAUGUUGGAGACUGAGGAGGAGCGCAAGGAAGGCGUCUUCGGGCCCGACAGCUUGGCCGUGGGUGCUGCACGUGUUGGAGCUGCGAACCAGAAGCUUGUGUCUGGUACACUGCAGGAAUUGACCACCGUUGAGAUGGGUGAGCCUCUGCACAGCCUUGUUCUUCUGGGCCGGAGAACACACGAUCUCGAGAGAGAUUACAUUCGGGAGUAUGCCGUCAACAAGGAUACUUUUGAUGCCAGUUACGCCAAGGCUUACGGUGCGAGCUUGUAA